AUGCUUUCCAAAGUGCUUGCGUGCGUGGGCUUCGCCGCGGCGGCUGCAGAUAUCGCCGUGCUUCCCCCAGGCAUCUCAAACCCCCUCAGUCGUCCCCGCCAUGGCGUACACAUGUCCGUCAUGCAGAUGGGUAGCGAACGUGGUUCCGGAGACACCCACGUCAUCGAUGACGGGGAAGUCGAGUUUGAAGACGUCGACGUCGACGUUGAGGACAGCGACAAGAAGCCCAAGAGGUACAAGAAGAAGGAUCGCAGCGCAGUCACAAGCAUGGUGGCCAACAUUGACCAGGCGAUCCCACUCCUGGAGUCCGACUUCAAGGCCAAGACGCAAGAGCUGAAGGUCGCCCUCGCUUACUUCAAGGACAAGCAAAAGGCCAUGGAGUUUGCAAAGAAAGAGACGACCCUGGCCAUGAAGGAGCUUCGCCACGAGGCCGAGCUGCGCCGCAGGGCCGCCUCGGACCGCAGGAACGCCAAGCAGAGGGAGAUCAACUCGCGCAAGGAGGAAAAGCGCACCGCCAAGGAGGCGAUGAUCAAGAAAGCGCAAGCCCUGAUGGGCGCCAAGGGUCAGCAGCAGGACGGCAUGCUCUCCGAGCUGUCCCUGGGAAUCAUGAUCGAUGUGCUCAUGAACCUGCCGAACGCCGUGGAGAACCCGAUCUUCCUCAAGCGGCUGAACAGGGCGAAGGAAGACGUCACGAACUCUGUCCAGGACUUCCUCAACAUCACGCGCCGGAAGACCUCGAAGUUCGUGCUGGCGAGCAGCAAGGCCUCCGACGUGGAGCUCGCCUUCCUCCUGGCACGUUUCUUCCACGAGGCCUCCUUCCGGGUCAAGGCGCUACAGUCGGACGCCCAGAAGGUCGCCAGGGACCUCAACGUCGUGAUGCCCAGAGAGCUUCGCCAGAGCUUCCUGCCCAUCGUCAAGCAGCUUCGGACAAACUCGGUGCCGCUGCGCGUGAAUGCCAGCACCCUUGCGAGCUCGACGCUGCCCGAGGCUUGCUCCCAGAUCUCGAGCCUCAUGUCGAACAUUAGCGACAACAACAAGCUCAGCACGAUGCACACUGGCCUGCACAACGUCUGGCAGGUCUCCGAGCUGAUGCUGCCGCACAUGAGCAAGGUGUACCCCCUGAAGACGGUCGUCAUCGACACCGUGAAGGACUUCAUGUCCAUGGCGACCACCCAGGUUGCUGGCCUCCAGGAGUCGGCGGACGAGAUCGUCACCAACGUAGGCCCCGUCGUCAUGGAGCGCAUGCAGUGCACCUGGUCCGCCGCCAGCGCCCGCGGCGCGUGCCUCCUUGCCCUGCUGGCGCCGCUGGCGGCCCUGGCCGGCCUCGUCCAUUAG